GUAGUCAUUCUGUCUGCACUUUCCCGUGCACGAUUGAUUUACGGUUUUUUUUUGCUUUCUUUAUCUGUUUUCAAUUUUAGGAAACGGGUUUGAAUAAAAACCUGCAACGUUUCCUGUUUUAGUCAUAUGGACUGUUCUUUUAUCUGGAAUAAAAGAAAAAGGAUUGAAAGUGUCCUGAAGCGCAUAUGAGCUUGGUGACUAACUGGGUGUGAAAUAGCGACUGGGCAUUAUAGCAGUCCGUAAAGGAAAGGAAAGGAUCGGAUUUCCAGAAAUAAUGGCUUUAACUGUGUUUGAAAAUGAUGAAUAUAAGCCUCCAGUUUGGAAAUCUUACUUGUAUCAGUUACAACAGGAAGCUCCUAAUCCAAGGAGGAUUACAUGCACAUGUGAGGUGGAGAGCAGACCCAAGUACUAUGGAAGAGAAGAUUAUAUACAGAAGAAGACCACACUGAUAGUCAAUCCCUACAAAUCAGAUAUGGAAACGAGAGUGCUAUGGGCGAUGGGGCCCCUUCGGUUUCAUGGAAUGAUUUCACGAGAAGCAGCAGAUCAGCUGCUGAGCCUAGCAGAAGGCAGUUAUAUUAUUCGGGAAAGUCAACGUCAGUCUGGUACCUAUACGCUGGCACUGCGGUUUGGAACUCAGACCAGAAAUUUUCGUCUUUACUAUGAUGGGAAACACUUUGUUGGAGAAAAACGUUUUGAAUCGAUCCAUGACCUGGUAACAGACGGAUUAAUUACAUUAUACAUUGAGACUAAGGCUGCAGAAUACAUUGCCAAGAUGACGAUUAAUCCAAUCUAUGAGCACAUAGGCUAUACAACUUUAAACCGAGAGCCUACCAACACAAAAUGUCUUCCAGCUGUGAGGGACAUACAAGCAGAGCCCCAAUGUGCUGAAGACAGUGCCACUCCAGAGGAGAGGUUGACUUCACUUGUUCGAAGAGCCACUCUGAAGGAAAAUGAAAGGAUUCCAAAAUAUGAAAAAGUACAUAAUUUUAAGGUUCAUACAUUCCGAGGGCCUCACUGGUGUGAGUACUGCGCCAAUUUUAUGUGGGGUCUGAUUGCUCAAGGCGUGAAAUGUGCAGAUUGUGGCUUGAAUGUUCAUAAGCAAUGUUCCAAGAUGGUGCCAAAUGAUUGCAAACCAGACCUGAAGCAUGUGAAAAAAGUCUAUAGCUGCGAUCUGACAACAUUAGUUAAAGCACAUAACACAAAAAGACCAAUGGUGGUGGAUAUGUGCAUUAGAGAAAUUGAAAACAGAGGUCUAAUGUCUGAAGGUUUGUACAGAGUAUCAGGGUUUAGUGAUCUAAUUGAAGAUGUCAAACUGGCAUUUGACAGAGAUGGUGAGAAAGCAGAUAUUUCGGUAAAUAUUUAUGAAGAUAUAAAUAUAAUCACAGGUGCACUUAAACUGUACUUCAGAGAUUUGCCCAUUCCACUUAUUACAUAUGAUGCCUACCCAAAAUUUAUUGAAGCUGCACAGAUUCCAGAACCUGAUGAGCGAUUGGAGUCAGUCCAUGAAGCACUAAAAAUGUUACCACCUGCACACUGUGAAACCCUGAGUUACCUUAUGGCUCAUUUAAAAAGAGUUACUCUACAUGAGAAGGACAAUCUAAUGAAUGCAGAGAAUCUAGGAAUUGUGUUUGGACCAACUCUAAUGCGAGCUCCAGAGCAGGAUCCCAUGGCUGCCUUGAAUGACAUACGUUAUCAAAGACUGUUGGUUGAGAUGCUCAUCCAAAAUGAAGAUAUUUUGUUUUGAAACUGUUAGGAGGGGAAUUUUUUAAAAUGGUAGGAAGAAUGAGUUAACUUAUUUUACCUGGGUAAUUGUUUCAGUGAGCAGGUUGAAAUGACAGCAAUUCUUUGUACUUUUUUAUUGUGUACUUAACUCAGACACAUCAUAAUGUAAUUUGGAGAACUAAAACUUUGAGGUUGGACUUGGGUACUUUCAUAUAAAUCAAAGCUGCUGCACGUACUUGUCAGAGAUCUUCAAUGAAAAUCAGAAAAUGUUGCUUUUUUAAUCAUAUAUUAAGUGGAAUUUGCCUCAUGUUUGUAAAAUUGUGAGCAUUUGUUGAAAUAUUUAACUACACUUGUAUUUUAACAAUUUAUGAUUCUGGACUAAGGAUAAAUCUACAAUACCAGAUGUCAGAAUAUAAUAUUGAUAUUGCAUUCAGUGACACAUUCCAGUGUUUAUUUCUGCAUUUUGAACUAUAAUAUUGUUUGUCAGAGUUGUGUAAAUUGUGCUUAUAGAUCUCUAUUUGAAACAAAAUGCUUUGUAUAAUAUUUCUGUACAAACUGCAUAAUCAGGAUCAGUUUCACUUGAAACACAAAACAAACACUGAUUUAUUUUUUAUGUAAUCUUUGGGUUUUUUCUUAAAUUUGGCAUGCAAACAUUAAUUUAUUAAAAUUUACAUCUACAAUGUA